AUGACUAGCAUACCGGCAGAUAUCAUAGACUGGACUAUAUUGAAUGAAAUCAUAUAUAUGGAUGAAGACGAUCCAGACUUCUCCAAAAGUUUAAUCAUUCAAUUCAUAGAUCAAGCAAAUACUACAUUCGAUAGUAUGCAAGAGGAAUUGGAUAACAACAAGGAUUUGUCGAAAUUAGAUAAUUUGGGCCACUUCUUAAAGGGAUCUUCUGCCACUUUAGGUUUACAAAGAAUCGCUUGGGUUUGUGAAAGAAUUCAAAAUUUAGGUAGAAAAGAUGAGAACUUCUUCCCCAACUUAAAUGAUCUGUUAUCAACUUUAUCUGAGAAGGAUUCGAUCUAUUUGAAAAAUUUGGAUUUAUCCGUGUAUUCUAAAGAUAUUACCAUGGAAUCUACACAUGCUGAUAAUGAAUAUUUGCUAAUGAUAACAAAGGCUUUGAAUCAAGCAAGAAUAGAGUUCUUGUUAGCAAGAAAGGAAUUAUCUAGAUACUAUAAACAAGAAUUAUGA